UGCGUGUUUUGUAUCUUAGAAUUAAUAUCGAUAUAGUUGAAUGGUCGAAAAAGAGUUUGCUGAAUUGAUGGAACAGCCAAGGGAGCUAAUUAUAGAUGUGAAAAUUGGGGAAGCCUGUUAGCCGUUUCUGGGUCAGUUUUGGCAGGGAUAGUACCUUAUUUCUUUGCAUGUUUCGAGUAAUUUAGAUAUAUCAACUCAUCAAUAUCAUUCCAAGGGCCAUGUUCCGAUAAGUAAAGAAAAAGUCAGCAGCUGAAAUAGAGUUACAGAUUCAUAAGAUAUUCUGUUGGUAAGUUAUAAUUAGUUCAGUUAGCUGCCUUUGCUUAAAUAAACAUUGCUUUGAUUCAUGUCACUUGAUACACAGGGAAUGCUAUUAGUAUACAUGGUAUAUAUAGUUAUAUUUUGCAUCUGUACAUCAUUUUGUGUUUGAUAGAUGUUUGUUAUAUAUAAUGGUUAACCCAUGAAGAUUUCAUGAAUGCAUAUUGGUGAUUUCUGAGGUAUUCUUAAAAUUGCUUUCUUGUUGAUUGUAUAUUGACUAACAUUGCUCUCAAGAAUCUUUCACUCAUAUGGAGACAUCACCAUUGCCAGUGAAGAGCUACAAAAUUUGGGCCUAUGCUCAGCGCUUAUGGCCUUUGAGCUGGGAGGGAUCUUUAUCGUGGCACACCUGUUGUGACACAGGACCUCAGUUUUUGCAGUCUCAUCCUAAGGACCGCCCCAUUUAGUCGCCUCUUACGACAAGCAAGGGGGUACUGAGGACAUAUUCUAAUCCGAAUGUGUUCUAAUAGUUAUAGAACUGCAACUGUCCACAGCAGUUAAUGAAAUGAUGUCCUUGACACUACAUGUAAUUAACUGUCCACAGCAGUUAAUGAAAUGAUGUCCUUGACACUACAUCUAAUUAACUGUCCACAGCAGUUAAUGAAAUGAUGUCCUUCACUCUACAUCUAAUUGGAUAGUUUGUCUGCUUUGUGUGUUGUGACACAUUUUACACCUAUGGUUUAUUUUCUUCUGUGUUUAAACAGUAUACUUAUCUAAGAUUAUUAAAAGGUUAACCCAAAUAAGAAAAAUCAAUACUUUUUGAGAGGCUGUAACAUGGCUUUUUAUUGAGGGGGCAUAUUGUCCUCAGAGCUUUCUUUAUGUUAAAGUGAUAAACAUGAAAUAUGAAGUAGUUGAAACUGCCAAAGGUAUAGACUCUACAGAGUAAAGCUCCACAUAGAAGGUAUUGAAUUUGAACUUGUAACUUUGUAGAAUUGAGCCUGUGACAAAUUGCUGUCUUGGUUGCCUGCAGGUUCUUAUUGAAUGCUUUAACAAUGUGGUUGGUAUCUUUUGGACGGUUCUGUAUUUUACCUCUUAUGAUGGACUGAGUGAAUUAAAAUCUUCACUGUCAGGGGGGGAGCAAAGUUAGGAUUUUGUAGCCAUUGGUGGCAAAAGUCUGUGAUUAUUUCACCAUUUAUCAGGUGUCAGAAACUCUGUUCUGUUUAUUUUAUCUGAAGGUGUUUGCCUUUGUUGUGUGAUAGUAAAGGCUAAUAGAAAAUGAGUUUUACAGAUGGAGUGAACACAGGAUCUUAUCAUUGCCUGCUUCUCUAUCAUGCAUGUGAAUUCACAAGUGAACAUUACAAUCUAUUAUUAUACACUGUCAAAUGUUUUAACCAGGCAGUUUAAAAUUGCAUUGUACUUGCAUGCAUGUUAACGUGACAAUUUUUGGUAAGGUAUAAAUGCAUUUUAAUGGACUGUUGCUUAUUUGUGUGAUUUAAAAAAAAGAAGCCAUUAGUUAAUCUCAGCGUACUUGACAUUUAGUUCUCAGUGGAACUGGUGAGUUUCUGCCAGAGAUUGGGCAAAGCCUGUGUACCAGUGUAUGUGAAGAUUCUCAUGAUAGUCAGCAUUCUGAUCUAUAGUGUUUAGCUGCAGCAUUCCUGAGAUGUCUGUAAUUAGAUUGAGGUCAUGAAUCUACACUGUGUAAGUGCUGUCUACAGGGAGGAUGCUGUUUUGCUUACUGUUAUCUGCUGGAAUUGGACCCUGACUGCUUGAGAGGGGGUUAGUGAUUUGUGUGUGGUGCUGAGGGAGGGGUUUUUGUAGGGGACGUUACGGAGGUUUUCCCUGUGAGGAUUCUUCAUUGAUGUGUUUUGACACAAGCGAGAAAGACAUUUUGUGUAGUCUGCCGGUAAUAUCCAUCAGAUGUACUGUGAUUGUGGAGCUGCUGUUAUCUAAGGUGCUGAGCCAAGAAGAUGUCGAACGGUACAGCACAUAUGAAUGGACCUAGUACUGGGAAAUAUAUAGACACCAUAGAUCCAGAUGACCCAGAAUACCUCAAACAGAUGCGACGUCCGGCAGAGGUGAAGGAAGACGUCCGCCAGAUGAAUGACCGCAGUCGAGUGUCGGUGAUCCUCAACAGUGAAGCAUUUCGUCGGGAACUGGAAGAGGUCGUAGAGGAACAUAUCAAGUCUGGUCCCCAUCCUGCUAGUCUUUUGGCCCUCCAACAAAUUACAGAUCUGUUGCUGCCCCACUCCAGGGGGCAAUCUGGGCUUGUAGGCAGGGGAGCGUCCCCAGUUAUCCCCAUCAAUGACAUAAAAGGAACUGAAGGCCUUGGUUACUCCAAGGGGGAGAAACUCCUGCGAUGUAAGCUUGCAGCCUGCUACAGACUGGUGGAUCUCUGUGGCUGGGGGCAUGGCAUCUACAAUCACAUCAGUGUCAGAAUUAACCAAGAGCAGGAACACUUUCUCAUUAACCCGUUUGGAUUGACCUAUGGGGAGGUCACUGCUUCUUCAUUAGUGAAGGUUGAUAUGAGGGGAGAUGUGAUCGAGAAAGGCACAACAACACUAGGCAUCAACAAGGCUGGCUUCACACUUCACUCGGCAAUCCACCAAGCACGACCUGACCUCAAAUGUGUCAUUCAUCUCCACACACCAUCUGCAGUAGCAGUUUCUACAUUGAAAUGUGGCUUUCUGCCCAUGUCCCAGGAAUCCCUCAUUUGUGGUGAAGUCAGCUACCAUGAAUAUAAUGGAAUACUAGUCGACCAAGAAGAAAGGGACUCAUUACAGCGCCACCUAGGACCAAACAAUAAAAUCAUGUUUCUCAGAAACCAUGGAGUUGUUGCCUGUGGUACAACAAUAGAAGAAGCCUACCACUACGCAUUCAAUGUUAUGGCAGCUUGCGAAUCACAGAUUAAAGCUCUGCCGGCGGGUCUAGACAACAUAAUUUUGGUUGAUGAUGAGGUUCGACAGAAGACAUUUGCUGUUGGAAGUCAGGGUGGAGGAGGAGUGGAUACUAGUGGAAGGAAAUGGAAGCCAGGAGAACUAGAGUUUGAGGCACUCAUGAGGCAGCUCGAUAAUGCUGGUUUUAGGACUGGUUUUGUGUACAGACAACCAAUCAUCAAGGCAGAGUCCAAGCGAGAAAGAAGUAAUGACGAUGUAGAAAUCCCACCAGCCUCCAGUUCAUUUACAUAUGUGUUCGAUGGGGAUUACGAACACUCCAAAUACAUGUCUCCAAUUAAAGUUGCCAUUGAAAGACAAAAGCAGCACUAUAAAGCAGGAUGGUUGAACUCUCCCAAUACUUAUGUCAAAAAAGAGUUGGAAGAAACUGGAACAACCAACCCCAAAAAGAUAACCAAGUGGGUACAAGAUGGUUCACCAUCUAAUUCAGGCACGCCCAUAAAAGUGGAUAACCCCAACCAGUUUGCACCACAGGGAGAAGAUCCGAAGGAAUUCAAGAAAAAACAAAAAGAUAUAAGGAAAGAUUAUUAUGAAGAUAAGGUGACAGCUGGGCCGCAGUCUCGAGUUCUGGAGGGCUUGACCUGGGAAGAGGCACAGAAAUUGCAGGCGGAAGGCAAACUAGCUGGAGGAUAUGAGGAUGGUACACUAAGCAUGGCUGGAGACAGUGUGAUUGUAAUUGGGGCAGCCUCCAAAGGCAUCAUACAACGCGACCAGCAACACAAUGUACAAGUCUACAAAUCACAGUAUCAGGCCAAUCCUUUUGAAAACAUGACCCAGGACGAAAUUGAACGCUACAGAGUUGAGGUGGAAAGGAAGUCUAAAGGGGAACCAGAGGAGGCCCCAACUGAGGAGUCUUUAGAACCAGGGCCUGAUGGGAAACUAAUCUCAACAGAAGAGCGAAUGCAAAUAAUCCAACAACAACAGGUACCAGAGACAACACCAGAGAAGACGGCUGCAGUAGAAGUUAAACAUGAAGUAGAACCACCAAAACCAACAGCUGAUGAUGAUGACGAUGUUUUUGUUGAUGAUUCAUCAGAACCUAUAUCUCCUACCACUAAUGGCUCAUCCAAAGUUACCAGAAAUAAACGAUACUCUCAGAGCUCUCGUGGUUCAUCACGAGAGACCAAUGUGGACGACAUACUCAACUCUUACGGGAGCCCCAGCAAUAACAAGGAAUCUGAAGAGCCCAAGUCAUCACAAUUACAGCGCUCUGAGUCCACUCGAGAGCCGCCUCGUAGCCCAGAAUUGAUCGAUGAGUUAAAACAGAAGAAUUUUGAGCGGUCUAAAUCAGACCGCUGGCCCCGUGAUCACAAAAUCAAUGGUGAUGAAAAGACAGGAUCUCCAUCAAAAUCUGACACGCUAAAGUCAACAGACAGUGCGAGCGGAGGGGAAACCUUAGAGGAUCACAGCAGUAAAGAGGGAUCUCCAACUAAAGAUAUACCAUCACCAACCAAGGACAAAAAGAAGAAAAAGAACAAGUUCAGAAUGCCAUCUUUCUCCAAGUCGAAAAAGAAGGAAAGCAAAGAAAGCACCAUCUAAAUAUCCCCUGAUGCCCGACAUGGACCUUCAUCCUUCCACACUGUUUUAUCCAGAGGUUUCGUGCAGUGGUUCAUACUGGGUUAAACCUAGACAGCAGAAGCUUGCCACUUGAAUAAUUUGCUUAUCAUUCAUAUUGACAGUGUGUAAUUUGUUGCACAGGUCUAUGAAUGCGGAAAAAUCCUGCUUUACCCAUUUUGAACACAAUUGCAAAAUGUACUACUGCUGAAAAGACCACCAGUACCAGCAAUACUUUGUUUUUUGCACUCAUGGACUAUUUGGUUUCACUGCAAAGUUUAUUCAAAUAAGUGAAGAUGUUGUGCCUUUGACAGCAUGUGAAAUUAUUCUAAGCUUCCAUGGAGGAAAUGUGCUUGAGCUAUAUUUUAUUUUCACUCCAAGUUUCGAGGUUCGUUAAGUAGUUCAGGAGAAGAGAGCAGGAUUGUUGUUUGCUUGUUUUGCCAUAAAAGCAGUGCGGGAGGAUGACAGUUUUUGGGCUGUGUCUAUGUGGGUUUAGCCAUUCUGUAAUUCUUGUGUAUGUUUAUGCAACUCUAUGCUUAUCUUCUCCUUCCGAGCUUUUUUUUUUUCGAGGAAGCAUUUUUCACAUUAUGAUCGCAAUAUUGCAUGCUCUUGUAAUUUUUUUUUAUAUAAUAACCAAAUAGUUAUUGUUUAAUGAUUAAACUUAUUCACAGAUAUAACCAUUGUCUAGAGAAGGAUAAUAUAUAUGUACAAUGUUAGGAAUGGUAAUAGAAAUUCAUACAAUGGAUUGUACAUUUGUCAUAUUUAACUUACAAGAGAAAUGUCUCGUCUUAAUGUCCUAGAUCUGAAUGUUUGUUGCUGGCUCACAGAGGCUGUGUCUGCUCAUUUUAUCUACAUAGAUUGUACCAUUAUGUAGGGGCGUUCUGGAGAGGAGUUGUAGUGGAAGUCUCCCCACAGAACAGCUACUCAAAUGGAGGAAACAUUUUUUUAAAGAACAUUUAUUGAUGUACAUUUUUACAAUUUUUGUUGAUCGAGUCUUUAGUAUAGAGUUGUCCUAGCUAUAUGCUUUGAGUGUUGUGCAAUUAUAUGGGAAAAUCUUAUUUUCACCAUUGUGUUCUCAAGAUGCUGCAAUAGAUGUAGGUUGUAGGUCAUCUUUGGUGCAAAUCCCUUUUCUCCCAACCAAGGACACGUUGGGUAUAGCUACUAUCAGAUUAAAUGAAAACAAAGCAUAGCAUAUUGAGAGUCUAAAGUCCAAGGAAAAGAAGUAUACAAGUCCCAAACUUUGAUGUAAUUGCUCAACAAAUGAUCUUAUAAUUUUCGUGUACAUGUUUUUUGAGAAGUUACUAUAUAUAUAAUACUGUCAAGAGGUAAAACUCUAGUAUUAUUCCCACUGAUAAUUGGGGCAUUAAAACAAAAGCCAUAUCAGAUUUGUCUAUUUCUAUACAAUAAGUUGGGACAGCAAGAAGUAGAUACUAACCAUUACUUAUUGAAUUUCACUGGAUAUUGUCUUUUUGUUUUGUACUUGUGAAGCACAGAGCAAUUGCAAUAGAACUGUUCCUGUUUUGUUCAGUAUGUAUUUCUUGUAUCUGCUUAUGGACUAUCAGUGUGGCAUGUAAUAUGUCAAAUAUUUUCAGCCUUUUUGCAAAGUGAAAAUUAUGAUAUUUUUGCCCUAAAUAAAACAUGUAUAAAGUUUUUAAAAUGGAAGGCAUCCAUUGGAUCUGUUUGUUUGUUUCAUUGCAGUGUAUUGCAGGAAGAAUAUUGGUGAAUUAUCCAUGUAAAUAUACCCCGGAAAAUUGUCCUCCCAAGCUUUAAUGUAGCAUGCUACUUCGCUUUUGUAACUUAUGGUCUACAAAAGGCCAAAGGCUAAGACAAAAACAUUCCCAGAUUCUUGUAAAUUGCUUGGCAUUUUGAUGUUUUCUUAAUAUUCUUCCAAGGGUUUGUUAAUUUUUUUUCUGAACUUGUAAAGGAAAGGGGGAUAUUGACUGGCCUACAAAUUUUGAAUGUUUUAUGUUCAUUUGUGUUUCUUUUUUACCCAAAUUAGUCCUGUGAUUUUUUUUUAUUUGUUCAAUGCCAUGUAUAUAGUCAUUUGUAUGAAUACAACCAUGUGUAAAAGAGCCUUAAUUAAUGCAGAAGUAAUUAUAUUUACCGCUAUCAUGUCAGUGGAGUACUGAUUACACUGUAUGUGCAUUCUCAUUUUGACUGUAGAACAGAAAUAAUACAGAUUCAUGGUAGCUUC